AUGGAUCAUUUGGAUUCUAACGAUGACAAACCUGGGUUUAAAUAUUUUGACUCAUUUAUGGCUUUGAACGAGUCAUCAUUCACCAUCCCAUUCUCCCUAUUAAAUGCAAACUUAAGACAACAUGAGAUAUAUGUUGAACAAGAAACGAAUAAAUUGAAGCAAACAUUAAAGGAUAUCAAUGAUAUGAUAACAACAGGUACUAUUGAUGGUGAAGAGCAAGCACUCGUGGAAUUAAAUACUUUGAUUAAGAAUGUUACAACUUUUGAGAAACAACUUCAUUUAAAGGUAGAGAAGGAAGGUGCAUUGUUAAAGAGAAUCAAACGUAGGGCGGCAUUCUACAAUGAAAUGAAUGAUAAUUAUUCAAAAGGUGAUAACAUCAGUAUCAUUGAUUGGUAUCAGAAAUACACAAAUUUAUUGAUUGCAGAUUAUCUAAUACGGAAUUGUACGUUAGAACAGCAACAACAUAUUAUAGGAGAGACCGGCGAUAAAGAUAUAUGCAACCCUGGUGUCUUAUUUUUGAAACAACAGCAUAUGGAGGAUUUACUGGACACAGAUAUAUUAAUAGGGGCAAAUACUAUUAGCACGGCCCUAACGAGUAAACAUGAUUUAAAAGCACUAAUGGAAUGGAUAAGAGUUAACAGACAGAGAUUAUUAAAGAGAAAAUCUCCAUUGGAGUUUAAGGCGAAUUUUCAACAUUAUAUUGAAUUAUUACUAAGAUUUGAUCUCGGAGGUGCUAUUCAUUGUUUACAAACAUGUUUAUUUGCAUAUGUUGGAGAUCAUUUCGAUGAAGUGACCGGUGCAUGUGGAUUACUAGUAUAUAUGGAAAGAUGUGUUGAACAAGUAGCAUACAAUGAAAAAAUAGUACAAAACGAAAGAGAAGACCGCAAUAUAUCUUACAAUGAACAUAAAUCUGGAACUGUCUUUACGGAUCAAAAUGAAGCAUAUCGAUAUUUUUUUAAUCGUGCUCCACCAAUGGAUUAUUCACAGAGUACAAAUUCUAAGAAUAAUAUUAAUGCAACUAAUAUCCAACAUCUUUUUAACGCCAAAAAUCUUGAAAAAUAUACAACAUUACUGGACCAGAACAGUUGGUUGAAAUUGAAUGAAUUAUUCUUGGAGGAAUAUUAUUCAAUGUAUAAGAUUCCUAGGAAUGAUCCGUUAUUGAUUUAUAUUUCUAUGGGUAUAUCAGCAAUGAAGACUAAAGAAUGUUUACAUAAUCAUCCCUCAAUCGAUCCACGCUAUGAUGUCCUUGAACAUUAUUCUACCGUUGAUAAGUUAGAGAAUCCUUGUCCCGUAUGCUCAAAGCAUUUUGCCCCAUUGUCGGAGAAAUUACCUUAUGCACAUCAUACCGAAUCAAAACUUUUUGAAAAUCCUGUGAUGUUACCAAGUGGGAAUGUUUUUGAUUCUUCCAGAUUGAAAUUACUGGCAAAAACACUUCGAAAAAAGGGUAUUGUGAAAUUAAAUCGUAAUGAAGUAAUAGAUCCUAUUAAAAAAACUGUGUUUAAUGAAUCGGAUUUUAUUACGAUGUACCCUACAUAA